AUGACGGCUGCUCCUCCCCCUAGGCGCUCCAACUCCUCCACUCCGACCCGGGAUAGUAGUAAUAAUGCUCCGACCACCAGCGAUUCCUUCUAUCCCGCCACCAGCGAAGACUACGACGACGAAGGCCUGGAAGAGGUGGGAUACCGGGACGAUGAUUUGGACUCUGCGUACGGCGACGAUUCCUUUAUCGGGGACGAUACCAAGACCCUGUCCUGCUAUAUCACCGACUACCGCUUCGAAUACGGCCGUCGCUACCAUGCCUACCGCGAUGGUGCUUACUGGGGACCCAACGAUGAAACCGCCAACGAACAGCAAGACGUCGCGCAUCACAUGUAUUACCUGACCCUCGAUGGGAAACUCCAUCUCGCCCCCUUGAAGAACCCCCAAGAAAUCCUCGAUGUCGGCACCGGCACCGGGAUCUGGGCCAUAGAUAUGGCCGAUGAAUAUCCCAGCGCCAAGGUCACCGGAGUCGACCUCUCCCCGAUCCAACCUUCCUUUGUACCCCCGAACUGCGUUUUCGAGAUCGAUGAUAUGACCUUGCCUUGGACCUACUCUCCUAACCAAUUCGACUUUAUCCACAUCCGGGAGAUGUUUGGCUGCAUCCCCGAUUGGGACGAGUUUUUCCGCCAAUGCUAUACGUCUCUGCGGCCUGGAGGCUAUGUUGAAGUGGUGGAACACUCGGUUGAGCCGACCUCAGACGACGGUAGCGUGGGACCAAACCAUUUCUACCGGCUCUGGGGCGAGACGGUCGUGCAGUCCGGAGUCAAGUUUGGGAAGACCUUUACCAUCUGGAAGGAGAGCGCAGAGCGCCUCAAGCGCGCUGGUUUUGUGGAUGUGGUGGAAGUCGACUACAAAUGGCCUAUGAAUGGCUGGAGUUCGGAUCCCAAAAUGCAUGAACUGGGUCGAUGGAAUCAGUUCCGACUGCACAACGGCGUGGAAGGUUUCAUGCUGCGACUACUCACCUCGACACUCGGCUGGCCGUACGAUCGCGCGCAAAUACAUCUGGCCCAGAUGCGAGCAGCGUUACGAGACUACAAGACCCGUGCCUACCUCCCCGGAACAAUCGUCUACGCCCGCAAACCGGGAUCCUCUGUGCCGUGCAGAGAUUAA